GUCACACUCCUUGGGAUCAGCGCCUCGAGCAGCUUACGGCCAAGAUCGCUGACAAGGAUUUAGUCUCUCAGACGCUUCUGAACCAGAAGACGAAGCUUGAGCAUGCGCUGCAGGACGUCCGGGGCGAGACUCACAACGUACAGAAGGAGCUCAGUGACUUGAAGGAGCGGAAUCAGAAGGUCACAAACGAGAAUCUGCCUCGACUGGAGAAGAUCAAGGUGCUGUUGCAGGAGACCUGGGCUUCGGUGGAUAGCCUCUGCGCAGAUGCAGCGAUGCUGUCGUCAAUGUUCCGCCAGCAGGUGGAGGAGCACCGCGCGGCAGUUUCGGCGAAAGACACGGUUUCUGCGGAGCUGAACAAGGUCCAGAAGUCUUUGAAGCGGCAUCGUGACGAGAUCAUGUUCAAGGAUGACGAACUGCAGAAGAAAGAGACGCUUUAUCAGCGAACUGUUGAUGCUCGGAGAGAUAUCCACGAGAGCUAUCUUGCGCAGAAGGAUGCGAUCAAGGAUGCGGAGGAGCGGCACCAGAAGCAGAACGAG